GCGGUUCUGCAAUAUCGACAGAGUUUCGAAUUUCCUGAAUGUGCCACCGCAAACUAAGAAAUUUUGUACUUUGCGGAGAAUAGUUAAAAUAAAAGUCAAGAUUCAUGUGUACUUAAUGUUUAAAUGAAUAUAACAAGUGAAAUAAUAACAAAAAUUUAAAGCAAUGGUUGUCAUUUCAAGAAUUUUCUGUCGUACUGGUUAUCAUGGAUUACGAGCAGCAAAAAUACGCCGUACAGUCAGAGCAAAUUCUUCUACAGCUGCUCAAAAUUCGAUACAAAAAUUGCAAAAUGACAAAAUUACAGAACAAAAUGUUGAGCAAAAGAAAACAGUUCUAGAUAAAUACCGUUUCGUCUAUCCGGAAUUUCUACCUGAUCCAAAUCCCUUAUAUCGCAACUCGCUCCGAGAAAAGUUGGAACGCAUGGAUAUGCUGGCAAGACGUGCUAACAUAGCAAUACCUGAGUUUUAUGUUGGUUCCAUAUUAGCUGUGACAUAUUCUGAGCCACAUGCUCCUGGAAAAGUUAACAAAUUUGUUGGUAUAUGCAUUGAGAGAGGAGGAUGUGGAUUGAGGUCUACGUGUCUGUUGAGAAAUGUAGUUGACAAUCAGGGGAUUGAAGUGCUUUAUGAAUUAUAUGAUCCUGCAAUACAAAAAAUAGAAUGUCUCAGGCUUGAAAAAAGAUUAGAUCUACAUUUACGAUAUCUGCGAGAUGCACCAGCAGAAUAUAGUACCUUCCCUUUUGAUAUGAAGCCAGAAUAUUUGCCUGAAGGUGCACCAGUACCUAUAAAUGAGAUCAAAGUAAAACUUAAUCCUCGUCCAUGGUUAGAGAAAUGGGAACGUCAAGAGUUGAAGGGUUUAGCAGACUUUACUAUGGAACUUAAUGAGAGACGCAUUAGAAAAGCCAAGGCUGCGGCAAAACCUUGGGAAAAAUAUGAUCUGAUGAAAACAUAUCGAGAGACCAUCCCUGAGGAAGAUCAAAAUAAAAUAUUUAGCGAAGUAUAUACAAAAUUACACGAAAUGGAAAUUGUUCGACGUAGACAAAAACAUAAACGUAUUUUUGUACGUCCACAGAAAAGUGGAUGAACUUAUAAUUAAAUAAUUCUUAAUUCAUGUAAA